GAGUUCUGACCGACAACGGCUUCGGCGACAAGCCGACAACACAUGGCCAGUAGACAGUAGUAUUCGUUUUGACGCGGUCGUAUAUACAUUCGUGCACUCCGUCCUUUAGAAAUACUCGUACUUCUUCGUACCCGGAGUCUCCAGAAAAAUUAAAAGACAAUGGCACCCAAAAUCAUGUUGCUGAUCACCUUGUCAGUUGCGUCCGCCGUGCUAGUCUCCGCCGCUUCCCCGCCGUUCCAAGAACGCAAAGCCAUAGUCGUUCUCAAGGGACCCGGCCAAGUGAGCGGUAACGUGACAUUUAUCCAGGCUAAUCGCGGUGGCCCGGUCACGAUAACCGGAGUGGUGUCCGGUCUUACCGAAGGACCGCACGGUUUCCACGUUCACGAGAAGGGAGACGUGACCAACGGAUGCAUAUCCACUGGAUCGCACUUCAACCCACAAGGGAACAAACACGGCGGACCCAACGACGAGACCAGACACGCCGGAGACUUGGGCAACAUCCAAGCUGACAACACGGGUGUGGCACAGUUCUCUUACUCGGACUCUCUCAUCUCGCUGGUCGGCGCCCACAACAUCCUGGGUCGCGCGGUGGUCGUGCACGCUGACACCGACGACAUGGGCCGUGGAGGGUUCACCGACAGCCUGACCACCGGACACGCCGGUUCCAGGGUUGCGUGCGGAGUCAUCGGAAUACUCGAUCCUAUUACGCCGUGGGACAAGUCGGCCGGUCACCGAAGUCCGUCUACAUCGCAUGUCUUGUUGCUGACCGCCGUGGCCGCGAUAGCGUCCAUGUUGGCCGCCAACUCGAUUUAAACGCCUACACCGACCAUAUCCACCUGCACUUCCAUCGCUACGCCUCCGAUGCCGCGAAAGACUCCCGUUACGCGGAGGUUCUCUCUUUUUCUCAUAACCAUAUGAAAGUACCUAAGUAAUUUUUUUUUUUUAUGCAAAUCUGUGCGAUUGCGCAUUUCUUUACCCAGCGGUGACCGUAAGGCAACCGCAACGAAGCACAAUAUUAUGCCCUAUAUUUACACUGGUUAAUACCUACUUAACCCUCAGUAACCGUAUAGGUAUAUUAGGUAUACGUGACGACCAUAACACGAACAAGUGUUUAGGUUGGCGCGUGCCUAUAUUAUAUUAUGUUUAAUUGUCCUCAUCCCGAGCGCGCACAGCUACAGACAAAAAUGAAUAACAAUUAUUAUAAUGAUAUUAUCACACAGUUAAAAUCUGAAAAUACGUUUCAUAUAUAGGCGUCACUAUACGGAGUGGGAGGGGGACUUGAUAGGGGUUAAGUCCUUCUCAGUUUUCCUUUAAGACCCCCUUCAUAAAAAUGUGAUUUACGAUUAUAUCAUUCUUUGCGAGGCUUUAAAAAAAAUAAAGUUUUUUUUUUUAAAAAAAAAUCAUUAUUAUCAUUAAAACCUUACGCAACCACUCCCCUGCCCAUCCUCCCCAAAAUAAAAAAUGCUGACCUAGUUUCGACUAAGGUAUUACGUAGGUAGUAGAUACACACUCGUCGGACUAUACCCACAUACAUUACACCAACAUAAAUAUAUAGCCAUAUAUAGGUGUUGGUACUUGGUAGAUAUUAUGUAACACGAUAUUAUUAUUUUAAACGGUAUAUCGCGUUGCAAUAUUUAUGACGAAGACGCCUUUGAUAUUAUAUAACAUUUUUUUUCCGAAUCGUCAAGACACUUUAGAAUAUGCAUAGAAAUUGAUGUAGCACGUGCGGAAACGUCUAUUAUAUUAUUAUUAUUAUUAUUAUUAUUAUUAUUAUUUAUAUUAGCUAUUAUUAUUUUUUUAAUUAACAUUAUUUUAUUAUUAUAAUAACCUAUUACUUUUAGCGCUGAACAUAUAAAUUAUAAAUUAUAUUAUUAUUAUUAUUAUUAAAUAUUGAAUUGUACAUAUAUAUUAUAUAUAUUGAUAUACAUUAAAAUCGUGUUCUCGCUUAUAUUUGUAUUAGUCGAUAUCGGUUUUCUUUUAUACAUAAUAAUUUAUUUACCAAACGUUAUUGUCAUCGCACGUAUAAAAUAUGUCAAAUCAUCGUAUAAAACUGUAUUCGGGGAGCAAACUAUUUAAUAAUAUUAGUAUAUUACAGUAUACGUAAUACGGAUUAUGCCAAUUACCUAUAUGAAUAUAUUAUAAUAGCAUUAAUAGGUAAUAAAUAUUACAAAUAUUUUAAGUUUUAAAUGCAUUUAUAAGUUCACAUGAUAUACAUAUAUAAAUAUGAAAAGAACUAUUGUACUUAAAAGAUAAUAAUAAUAAUAUUAUUAUACAUCUAUUCGUUAAGCCCGUGAACUGGUUUUUGUUUUAUAUACCGAAGAAAAUAAUUCAAAAAAUAAAUUAUCUAAAACGCGAUGAUCCUCUCGUCGGGCAUACGUCCCCAUACGUCACCCCCAUCGUUAUUGUACGAGCCCAAUUUUACCAAAAUUGUUUUUCCUUUCUAUAUAUUAUAUUAUUAUUAUAUUACGUUUAUAAUAUGUCUAUAUUAUAUUAUAUAUUAUUAUAAUUUAUAUUAGUAAUGUAUAGGAAUUAUUAUUAUAAUAUUAUCAUUGCGCAAUUAUAUAUAUCUUACAAUAUUAUUAUCCACGUAGUUAGGACACUAUAUUAUUAUAUAAUUUAUCUUACACAACUAUAUAAUAUAUAUAUAUGUAUAAGCCACCUAGGUAUACGGUAUUUUCAUAUUUAUAUAAAUUGUAGGUGUACGCUCGAACCGUUUUAGACAUUUUAGUCAAAUAUACGAAUAAAAUAAUAAAUUGUGAUUGAGAAA